AUUUAUUUGAUGUAUUUUUUUGUUAAUAUUGGUUGGUGAGAGCCGAUUUUUUCAUGCACCAUCUCAGCAUGUUGCCAAAAUCAAUUCUAAUGCUUGGACCUCCAUCAUUAGGAAUAGGCGCGCACACCAUUAUUAUAAGUGAAUGUACGGAGUAUUAGUUGCUUAACUCCUAGCUUGGAACCUCAUCAUGAAAAGCUUGUUAGGAUUUUCUUGGGCACUAAACCAUCAAGGUUGCAACCCUCCAUCUCUUCCAAGAUGUGUGAAUAUAUAUGAGCAGCUAUAAAUAUGAAAGAAGUUUUUGGCACCAACCAACCAAUUACAGGAUUCUAGUGCCUGGUGAGAGGAGAAAAUAUUGCCGUCUAGAGUUUUGACGAAAAAUGAUGAAAUUUUGCCUGAUAAUGUUGAAAACAUAGUCAGCAUAAAUAGCAAUAGAUUUAGUUCAAAAAAAUCUGGAUGGAUUUUUCCAUCUUAGUCAGUUCUUUUGACUAAUUUCCCCAGUUCUCAUUGAUUUUCUCCCUCUUUUUACUUACCCCUAUUUAAUGCCUUAUUUUUCUUAUUCCUUGUACUACAAGUUUGGAAUUGAUAUGCAUUAAGUCAAUCAACAGUGCUCUAAAGUUCAUUACCUGAUAAGAAGGAACUUGCUCAUUACCUGACAAAAGUUUCACUUGAGAACAGAUAUGUCCUCCUCCACCUGUGAAUUGGAUGAGUCUGGAGCUUUGGAUUUCUCACUCAUCAUUGAACUGAUAAAGAUCUCUGUUGGCAAAUAUAUGUUGGGUGGCUGUAAACUCUAGAGUCUCUCUCUCAAUUAAUGAGAGAAGAGAAGAGUGAGAAGGAAUGGGAGAGGGGGAGGAAGAGAGUAAGGCUACCAUGCCUUGGGAUAGAAGUUGGGUAAAAAAUUCUAUACACUAUAAUUGCAAGUGGAUAUCCUUGGAAAUAGAAUUUGAUAAUGCUAUUGUUCUGGUGUUCAAAAUAUAAGUCUUCUGCAAAGUCCAACAGAUAUUGAACAUGGGAGGAUUGACAUAUAAUCUCAAUGCAGCACCCUUGGAGUGAUACAGUAAGAAUGGCUAUUGAUUUGGAGGCAAUGGGUAUCGGCGGAAAGUCUACCAUUUUUCAGGCUGGUCCUAAUCCGUGGGCAAUCGAAAACUUUGCAGCUGUAGCAAAGUAUCCAUCUGCUCAGAUUGUUGCACAGUGCUGCAGGAUCUCUUUUCUUCUGGGGCAAUAAAAUCUGCAACCGAUUUUCAAAUAUAUAAAGAAGUUGCUGGACUUUCUGGACUUGACUUUGCAUUUCUUGAUGACACUGCCGUAUACCACACAAAGAAUGACAAAUUAAAGCUUCUGAAACCGGGUUCUCUUCAACAUCUUGGAGAAAAUAUGCUCGCUUUUCUGCUUCAAGCUGCUGCGUCUUCUCAUCUUCCUCUGGGCAAGGCAGAGGAACAAGAUGGAAAUUCUAGCAGAGAUGCUGCUAUAUAUUUUGACAUUUUGGGAACAUAUAUUGUUGUAUUUCGUCAACGGUUAGCCAACAUGUUCUACAACUCCACAAUUAUGCAGUCACUUUUGAUAUGGGUUACAUCAAUCAUGAUGGGUGGUUCUUCUGCACUAAUCUCACUGGCUUUGUCAUCUUUGAGUAUCAUACUCAUGUGGAUAAGCUCCAUUGCUUUCGCUGCUGUUGCUGCCUUUUGUCUCCCACUUGUAUCUGCAUCACCAGUUCCAUAUGUUUCAAACCCUUGGCUGGUGGUUGGUUUAUUUGGUGUACCUGCUCUGCUAGGAGCAUUCAUUGGCCAACAUCUAGGAUAUCUGAUUCUGCGUAGAUACUUGUCAGCUGUAUACUCAACAAGAUAUAGGGACCUUUCUUCUUCUGUUCAAGCUGACAUUGCUAAGUUAGAUUCUGAAAGAUGGCUCUUUAAGGCAGGUUUAAUACAGUGGCUUCUGCUCCUGAUACUGGGAAACUAUUAUAAGAUUGGAUCUACUUAUUUAGCUCUUGUUUGGCUGGUUUCGCCUGCAUUUGCAUAUGGGUUGCUUGAAGCUACUCUAUCACCAGCUCGGUUGCCUAAACCACUGAAAACUCUGACCUUGGUGAUUGGCUUGUCUUUUCCAUUUCUACUAUCUUCUGGUAUGAUUAUAAGGUUGACAAGCAUAAUGGUUGGAUCUACAGUUCGUUUAGAAAGGAAUCCUGGUAGCAACCCUGAGUGGAUAGGGAAUAUUGUGGUUGCAAUUCUUAUUGCUGCAAUUGUGUGCCUUACGUUGGUGUAUCUUCUGUCAUAUAUUCACAUCUCAGGUGCAAAGGUGCCAAUCAUCAUUAUAACCUCUAUCCUCUUUGGCCUUUCAAUUUGUUCGGUAGUAGGUUUUCUUCAGGCAUUUACUGAAGAUACUGCCAGAGCUGUGAAUGUUGUCCAUGUUGUGGAUACGACAGGAAAACAUGGUGGAAAACAAGAACCAGACUCCUAUGUUUCACUGUUUUCAACAACUCCUGGAAACUUGAUUAAAGAGGCUGAAAAGAUUGGGAAGAAAAUGGUUUGUGGCAAGGAUAAGAUGCCUGAUUUUGUCAGUUUUUCAGUGAACUACAGCUGUUGGAUUGAUGAGGAUGUUUUAGCUGGGUGGGACAAAUCUGAUAUCCCCGCAAUUCAUGUCGAGCGUGAUAUGAUGGAUGAGAACAGAAUUACUGAAAUCUCAUUGGACACAAAAUUUUCCACUCGAUGGACUCUUGGAAUCAAUAUGGAAGAAAUUGAAGAUUUCCAGUUGAAAGAUGUGGGCGAGUCUGAGGAGUUAAUUCCGCUUGGUGGCAAGACAAUUGUGGAUGGAUGGCAUAUCAUUCAGUUUUCAGGUGGCAAGAAAGCGCCAACCAAGUUCAGCCUGACUCUUUCCUGGAUAAACGAAAAGCACGGUCCGAUGACAAGAAAUGAGGGCAGUAGGGGAGAACGCCCACUUCUGAAGCUGAGAACAGAUGUUGACAGACUAACUCCACAAACACAAGAUGUUCUUACGAAGCUGCCUCCUUGGUGUUCAUUAUUUGGGAAAUCCACAUCUCCCCACACCUUAGCUUUCUUGAGCAGUCUCCCUAUUGUUUUCUAGGCAUUUGGAAAUAGAAUUCUUGCCUUGCGACUCCCCAGCUAAAUGUUGCCUGCAGAGAACAAGAGACACACCUUCGCCAGAAGAAUACACUACUACUGUUUUUGUCUAGGAAACUUGGAUUCAAUUGCAAAACCCUGAAAGAGGGUUGUUCAUUUAACUUUCUGAACUCAAGAUAUGUCUUGCGUAUUAUUAGUCACUGAAAGAGAUUACAAAAUGUAAAGUGUAUUAUCAAUUAAGUUGCGCUUUAUUAUUUCAAUGAUGAAAAUUUGGCACAAAGUUUAU